AUGGAUUUGAACCCACCAAAUUGCGUGUAAAUCGCUGGCGUACGACAGAAGCCAUGUCGCCAUGAAGCCGGACCACGGCUUGCCUCUCCUUGAGGUCCAUGCCUGAUGGUGAGGCAAGCGGCAGUGAACCAACUGUCUACGCAGACAAAGGAUAUAUGGAUGAUUACGAUGUUUGCGGACAGACUGGUUGGACAACGUUGCCACAGUUGUCUGGCCGCAGCGUUAGUCCAAGGCCCACCCGCCCUGCUCGAUCAGAUCUCUCAAAGCUGGACCACAUUAUCCAGCAAGCAAAGGAGGUUCAGGACCAACUACUGUCAAGUGUGAGGGUGACAGCACCACAGGUCCCAAGCAGUGUUGCUGAACCUAUCACGAUGGCUGCAGCGACUGGGUCUUCAGCCAUAGUGCCUCCCAGUGUGCCGGGCAAUGCGCCGGGUGGUCCAUGGGCCUUCUCAACCCCCGUGAGGCGCUCUCGAGAGGGGAAAACACCUCGAAGCAAGCUUGAGGAGUCAUCGAGAGUCAGGCGUGCCGCCGACGAGCUGCUCGAGUCGGUCCGACGGAGGGCAUUAGAGGCUGAAAUCGAAAGACUCCGGGGUGAGCUUGCAGCAGCAGAGGCGAGCAAGCAAAAACUCCAGGCCGGCGAAUCUGCGGAAGCAGAGGCAGGGGCAGAGGCUACGCGAUUACUUCGAGAAGCUCGAGUCGAGGUGAACCGUCUGAAAGCAGCGCUGCAGAGACAAGGUCACUUCGACCGGAUCAAAGAGGCUGAGUCUCAUCGAAAAGCAUUCGAGCAGGAGCUGCGGACUGCUCGGGAGGAUGCAGCACGCAAGCAUGAGGAAUUGCAGCACUUGAAUCAGGUUGAUAUGCCCUUGCUGUGGUCGCAGCUUAGCCGCGUCCAUCCAGAUUGGACACAUACAUCUCGACUUUCGGCACAGGUGCAGCAAGAACAGCUUGUGAAGGAAAGAGAUGCGGAGAGAAGGUUAAGGCUGGAGGCUGAGACAAGGCGAGAGGCCAUUUUGCUGAAACUGCGCGAGAUGGAGGAGGCUGAGCGGUUGCGCCAGAAUGCAGAAGGUCUGCUGAACGAGCUCAGAGAGGAGAUCCGUCAGUUGCAGGGCGUGCUGCAUGUGGAGCAGUUGGCACGGCAAGCCGCUGAGCAGCGGCAGAGUGCUGUGGAGGGACUCCACCAACGGAGCCAACAAGAGAAUGCGCAGCUGCGGAAAAGCGUAACGGCUCUUGCGCAGCAGGAGAAGCAAAAGUUUGAGGAGCUCCUAGACACGGAGAGGUCGCUCAGACAAAGCGCUGAGGAGCAAUGUAGAAAGUUGCAGGCUGACCUGAGCAGAUGUCUCAAGGAGCUUGAAACAAAUGUUCAGGACAAGAAGGUGGAACUUGAGGCACGUCAAGCAGCGGAGCUGAGGUCAAAGACAGUGGAGGAGUCGUGCCUCCAGCUACGCAAUGAAAAGCUCAAAUUGGAGGCCCAAAUUCAUGAGCUCGAACUGCAGCUGGAUGCAAAAGGUGCUUCCUCUGAGCAUUUGCGCACCCAACUUGCUCGCCUGCAGGCAGACGAGGAGAGAUGGGUCCAAGAGAGAACACGUCUCGAGGCGCAAAUGAGAUCACAGGCCACAGACAUGCACUCCCGCACCGCAGACAUGGAAUCUUUGCAGCAAAAGCUUGAAAGGGAGGGUGAGGUGUCUCAGCGACAGCUGGAACAAGCUAAGCAGGAGCAGGCAUCUCUCAAGCGGCAGUUGGAUGAGGCAAAGGCGACCUUGUCCGACUUUGAUGGGAGACAGCAGCGGCUAAGCAAGGAGCGUGAUGAUGCUUUGCUGCAGGUGCGAGAGGUGCAGGCCAAGCUCGAGCAGCAGCAAAAUGAGGCCACGGCCACCUUGUCCGACUUUGAUGGGAGACAGCAGCGGCUAAGCAAGGAGCGUGAUGAUGCUUUGCUGCAGGUGCGAGAGGUGCAGGCCAAGCUCGAGCAGCAGCAAAAUGAGGUGCUGCGUCUCUCUACGGAGCUGAGCGACGCACGAGCCCAAUCCGUUCCCAAGAGCGGCUUGGAAGAGAUGCAGCGACUCAUGGACAGCUUGCAGAAGGAGAGAGACACACUUCAGGCAGAUGUGGAGCACUACAAGCAGGCAAUCAGUGAGCGGCGCAAAGCUGAAAGCAGUCUUCGCGCUGCCCUGCAGGAGGAACAAAACAAUGGGCGGAUCUUGCACCAGGAGUUGGAGGAGGUAAAGAGGAUUCGAUCCUUGAGUGCUGCUUCACAGGAAGGGAUGUCUCCUGAGCCAUCGCCUCGACCACAAGCUGCAGGCACACCUGGCAGAGCUUCCAUCACAGACUCAGAUGUGCACACACUAGUUCAGAAGAUUCGACGCUCUGAAAUCACGACAUCUUUGAGCAAGGAUAUGGGGGAGGUGGACUUGACUGGAACAGCCUUUGCGAGAAGGGACAAAAAGGAAGAUGCUAGCAGCUACGAGACCAUCUCUGUCUCUGAGGACCAGGUGAUUGAUUUGAAGGGUGUUUCUCAGGCGUAGUCAUGACCAAGUGAGUCGGAGUCGAAUACCGAUGCUUUUGAUAAUGAGCAGCUGACAUCCAACAAACCAGGUGUGCAUAGCUCAGAGUG